AUGGCCACGCUCAACCAGUUCCUCGAGCUCCAGGAGAAGGUCGCCGAGCUCGAGCGCGAGAAUACCAAGCUGAAGAACGAGAAGGCGGCCACUUCCAAUGCCCUCCCUGCCGGCACUUCCUCCUCAUCCUUCCCCCCCGCCGCCAGCAUCUUCCAUCCCGCCAACCCUACACCGUCUAACCAUUCUGACGAGAAGAUGAGGCGCGUCGAGGAGCGUCUUCUUUCUAAUCUGUCGCGCUGCACCGCCGCUGCGAUGGGAACCGCGUUGUAUGCAUCGCGCGACGUCGGUAAUCGUGCGUGGACGUGCGAGGAGGUGGAAUAUUACUUCGCAUGGAAACGCGGAAGUCUCGGCGAUCUGAGCUGCCCCUCGACUCUCGACGACUUUGACGACACGGCGGCAGACGGACGCGACGGCGAUGACGAACCCGAGCCGAACCUUGCCGAACUACUUCGUGGCGUCUCGCGCCGGCCUUCACCGUUUGAGGACCCCAAGAACGCAGCGCCGAAGGAGCUGGACCCCUUGGGCAGGAGCACCGUCUACGCAUGGUGUCGACCUGAGAGCCUCAGGGCUCCUCGGUCCGAGGCGGAGGUCGAAGCCAUCGCGUCGGAGUUCACGACCCUCAUGGCAGACGCGCUGCGAGUCUCCGACUUGAAUGUUGGCAAGAUCGAGCCGUGCAUCCGGUCGGGCUCUGGAGCGGCACCAGUGGAGACCUGGCUUUGGCACAGGGGCUGGAAGGACGAGCAGCAACCUCUGCGCAAGGUCAGCUCGAUGAUGAGCGGACCCGACUGCCACCUGCUCGCCAUGCUUGGGCCAACAGGGUUGAGCGCGAACCCGUGGUCGAUGUGCAGGAUCGCGGAGCGGUUUGCGGAGAAGGGCGGCGCGAUCAUGAGCAUCAUGGUGUCCGGAGAAGUUCAGAUUGUGUCGGCGAGCGAGGUGCACCGCGCACUGCUCAUUCUCAUCGACUUCCUCCGCACCUCACUGCUCGACCCGUCAGCUCAGGCCGACACGCUCCCGACAGUCUACCGCGCGAAGGCGCUUGCAGCCGCCAUGGGCGCCGCAGCCCGGAUCUCUGAGGUCAGCUCGGACGGGCUGGCUCCAGGGGUGGAGUUCGCGAAGCGCCUCGUUCUUUGUUUCUUGGAACGCGUCGCUGAGAGCCACGUCCGCCGUUGGAAGUGGGCGCUGAGCACCGCUCCAGAUGGCAUCUCGGACGUUAGGCGGUGGCCGGUGGUGAUGUCUCCGAAGAAUAGAUGCGAGACGGACGAUGUCGACAUUGAGGAGGGGUCGGGGCUCGAGUCUGGGACAUCCAGCUCCAGGAAGGGAAGUGCGACUCGCUCAGCCCUGUUGGGCUCGGAAACCAUUCCCAGUGUUCUCGACGUGGGACUCUCCUUUUGCGAGGGGUGCAAAUGCUUGCUGACAGGAAGCCGUGCUGGAGCGAGCGGGUACGAGGAGCCUGUCGGUACAGCGUUCGUGAAACGGAAGUGGAAGGACCGUAUCGAGAAGUUCCAGGAGGAACAGGAGAAGAAGAGAGCGAAGCAGGUCUAG